UCCUCUUACAACCGUCGCGAUGCCCUCACAGACCUUCUUCCUCGUCUCGCUGCCCAACUCAAUCAAUCCCUCCGGAAACCGCGAUGAAGCUCUUACCACUCUGCGCUCCGCCGUGAGCGCCGACGCAGCGACGACAUAUCCCUUUGCGAUACCAGAUUUCAAGGUCGGAACUCUCGACGCAUUGGUGCAGCAAGCAGAUGAGUUGGCGAAGCUGGAGCAGGGCUGCAAGGGCGUGGCGGACAAAGUCGCCGACUCAUUAAGAUCACUGUUGGAGGGCGACGAGGAGAAACUACAGGAGCAGAAGGUGGUCAAUGACCGACCGGUCGAGAACUACCUCCAAUCUUUCCAAUGGAACAAAGUCAAAUAUCGCGCCGACAAGCCCAUCGCCGAGCUCAUCGACACCCUGCAGAAAGAGAUCGCAGCCGUGGACAACGACGUCAAGGCGAAAUACAACCAAUACAACACCUCCAAAACCGCACUCGCCAGCAUGCAACGUAGCCAUACCGGCAACCUCUCGCAAAAAUCCCUAGCCUCCGUCGUCAACCCAGCGACUCUCCUGCAACCCGAUGCAUCAGAAUACCUCGCGCAGCACAUCAUCGCGGUCCCCUCAAACCUUGUCAAGGAUUUUCUCAAGUCAUAUGAGUCCCUCACACCAAUGGUCGUUCCUCGCAGCGCGCAACUGCUGGCCAAAGAUGACGAAUUUCAGCUGUAUGCGGUGACGGUGUUCAAGAAGCAUUCGCAGGAGUUUGUGCAUAAGUGUCGCGAGCAGCGGUGGACGCCGCGGGAGAUGAAAUUCACAGAGGGAGGUCGGGAAGCGGAGGAGAAGGAAUUGACCAAGUUGGAAAAGGAGGAGAGGAGGCUUUGGGGCGAGGCGUUACGAUUGGGCAGGACGGGAUACAGUGAUGCUGUGCAAGGGUGGAUACACGUGCUCACCUUGAGAGUGUUUGUGGAGUCUGUGCUGCGAUAUGGGUUGCCUUUGGACUUUGUGUGCGGUUUGCUCAAGACCGACACGAAACGCGCAAAGAAAGCCAAAGCCGGUCUGGAUUCGAGAUUCGCCGAACUAGGAGGCAAUGCCGUGAGCAAGGACAAGAAGGGACGGGUUAAGCAAGAUGACAGCCAGUUGCAACAGGAGAUGGCUCAAACAGGUCUCGGCGGUGGUGACUCGGGUUACGAGCCGUAUGUCUUCUACGAGUUUGAGCUCGUAUAG